AAAGAUGAAAUGGCCAAGGUUAAAUCCGCCUACGCCGCACGCCCUAGGUACCACCUAGUGCCACAGAGCAGUAUGGCAAUCAGCCAGGCGAACCCAACUGCGAGAACUCAGGAGGAACCGAUCGGACGAACCAUCCGGGAGAGAGCACCAUCCCUCGUACCUAGUCGCAGUCAGCAGAAUCGGCAAGGAAGAAGCAAGUCACCGACAAAGAGAGGGCAAAAAAGAGCCAAUCCUGGAAGCAACGUAACUCCCCUGAACGACGUGGAGAAUGAGAUCACAGUCAACACGGGUAGUCAACGGCCCCAAAGAAUUAUAAUGCCAUCUAGAAGGGCACUGGAAGCCCUUGAUGCAAACUCGGCACGACUACACAGCACCUACCAAGCGGACAACAUGGACGUCGACAACCGUGAAUGA